GAAGGGAAGUGUGGUGGUGCCGGCCAGCCGACAAUUACGGGAGGUUAUGUGGGUCCCUCCACUUUUAAAUACACACAUAGUCAUUUGUUGUGUUUGUUCCCUUUUCAUUAACGUUUUUUGAGUUUGAGUUGGUACUUUGCGUUCGUUGCAUGAUGGCGUCUUCUUCUUCUUCGGGCUCUCGCGAGGGGCACUACAGAGGCGUCAGGAAGCGACCCUGGGGACGCUACGCCGCCGAAAUACGUGACCCGUGGAAGAAGACACGUGUCUGGUUGGGCACAUUCGAUACUCCCGAGGAGGCCGCCCUCGCCUACGACGGCGCCGCCCGUUCUCUCCGCGGCGCCAAGGCCAAGACCAACUUCCCCCCGGCUCCCGCCCUCUGCCUCGACCUCAACGCCCCUUCUUCCGAUCACCGCUGGCCCAACGUCCCCUCCCGUACCCUCGUCCUCACCGAGUUCCUCCACACCGCCGUUCUCAAAGACAUCGAACCGCCGCAGCCUCUUCCCCCUGCCACCACCGCUCUCCGCCGCCCCGACGCCGGCGUUCCUCUCGGUGGCGGAGUUCAGGUGGUGGAGAGCUCCCCGACGGCGUCGUUUUUGGGACUCGUUCGGCGCGGGAUCCCCAUCGACUUGAACGAGCCUCCACCGCUGUGGCUAUGAGUUGUCGGUCCGAGUUCUGACUAGGUUUUUUACGUCGUCGUUUCGUUUUGCUUUCCUUCGUAUCUAAUUUAUCUUGUAUGUUUUUAAAUUUUCCCUCACCUCGCUUAGGUUUUACUAUGAGCCUCGUACGUUCAUCGUAUCUAUCUGUCCAUGUGAGUCUAUCUAACAUUAGGUUAAUGGAAGAAAAACGCUAUGAUAUUGUAUAUACAUUUAUUUUCCUUAUCAAUGACUCUACGAAUUUUGUA